GAUGACCGGCUAAGCGGGUAAAUUAAAAGAAAACCAGAAAAAUAAAAAUAACCAAAUCGCCAUUGCUGUGUAGGUAUUUUUUCACUCCCCUUAUGUGAAUAUAAGAAAACACCGCACGUAGCAGCCAAUUCGUUCCUUUAAGGGCAAAAAGCGCUAUAUAUGCCAAUAGGGGAUCUUCUCCAAAAACAUGAAAAUGUAGGAAGCACCCCUCUACCCGCAAGUGUAUAUUGUAUAACAUUUUGCAUUUACUUUUUAACUCUGUUAACAUCGCUUGAUCACUCUUUCCACUCAUUUUUUGUGAAAAUAAACGAACAAAGGAAUCGUAAAAAGCACAGCGAGCGUUUUUUUAAAAAUGAAAGACAUACAUCUCCAAUGCAUCGCUCUCCUUGUAUAGUUCACAAGUUUUAUGAUGCCACUGCUACCUCCUUUUUCGUCCUUCUGUUAUGCCAACAGCUGACGUGGAAAAGGCGACAAACUGCAUAACACUGCGAAUCCAAAGUAUACCUAUCCGUGGUGUAAUUCCAUCCACCGGGGUAAACCCUUCCGCAUGCAAAGCUCUGCCUCUACCCCAACACAUUUAAAAGGCUCACGUAAGACCAACACCCAGGGGAUCCCACCAAACAGAGAAGCGCCAAAACAUUAUGCACACAUAUGAACAAUGACAAGCGACAAGCACAGCAACAACUUUUUCAGCGAAUUUAACAUUUACAAUAAAAAAAACACGAAAAAAGUCGUCUACAGAUAUUUCCAAAACAGAACGCAGAAGCAGACCAAGUAUAUAACGCUCUCGCUCCUUGCCUUCAGCGGGCUGUUUCUCUACAUCACCAACAAGGCCUAUGAUAGGAACAUCUUUUAUUUAAACAAUGAAGUGUACAAAAAGUUUAGCAAAAAUUAUGAUGCCUCUUCUCCGCUGGAAGCCCAAAAUAGGUCCUUUGCUAGAAUUUUCGUGAAGGCGAAGAGGAAGAACUUAGAACUGGAUGCGAAGCCCCUAGUUUCGCAAAUAAUUAGGGUUGAUGAAAAGGAAUAA